AUGUUGGUGCUACCUCCAAGGAUUGUAGCGUCCGUUUGGUUAGCUACCAGUGCCCUCUUAGCAUCAGAACCUACUCCAAUCCCGAACGGUAUUGACACCAACACUGCCGUUGUGGGUACCGGUACUUCCACAGCUUUUAUUGCAAGCGCUUCCAACACCCUGAAAACUCAAACCUAUGACUUGGGGAAUGGGUCUGUGACACUUUCAAACCCUUUGGAGAUUUCCGUCUCGAAGAACUCCGCAAAGGAAGGUCGCAAGAACUACAACCAAUCAGAGUUGAUCCGACUUCGAGAUCCUACCCUAUUGGGAAGUGGCGGUGGGGGAGCUGUCUUUGGCUACAUUAGAGAUGGCAGCAGUAGCAGUCUACCCGAUGUAGCAGUCAAGAUUAGUUGGAGUGGAAGCGCAAAAAGUGUCCGAAACGAAUGUCAUGUCUUGCAAGUUCUAGAGGAGCGUGGCGUAUCCACUGGAGUCGAAAAGUGCUUGACAUCUUUGGACUAUCCGUUUGGUGAUUCGAAUCGGGCCAUGAUUGCCAUGGAACCAGUCGUCGUUGGCAAGUCAGUGAGCAAUAUUGCAGAUCUUCCCACACCAGCUCUGAGAGAGACAGCCGUGGACCAAUUGAUGCGGAUCAUGCUUCAAAUGAUGGCGGCAGGGGUGGUGACAACUGACGUUCAGCCACUCAUUUCGACCGAGACUGGAUCCGUCCUGCUCAUUGACAUGACCGAGGCACAGGAAAUCUCAUCGACGCCUACUUUUGUUGAUCUCGCGCUUGCGACAUCCUUCACAUCGGAGAUUUGGAAUCUGGUUCCGGAAGACUUGGUACAACUAGCAUCGAAUUCACUGCUGUCAGAAUGGAAGUUACUCGAAAAGUCAAACGAUCGCCAUCAAUGGUCAGCCUCCAUUGUACAAAUAUUGAAGGAUCAACCUUUGCUUUCUGAAGUAGCUGCAGACUACAUUGGGGAAUAUUCGGACGGUAGAAAAUAG